AGAUGUAGCAAGGGAGGGAGAAUGUGAGGAGAGCUGGUGAUAUUGGAUGGAGGAACGGAAGACCCAGAGUGAAUAGCACUAGACGCAGAAAGGGAACGACAGAAUGCGGGUUUGAAUUUGUGAAAUACUCAGGCGUUCAGCGGGGACACCCAGCGUGGGUCCUUUCUCGAUUCCAGCCUGUGCGGGACGGUGUCUCUUCCUUUCCUGGAGCCCCGUACGAAGCUUCAUGAUUUUCUGUCGUUUAUUGACAAAAAUGACCACCAGUGAGGCAGUUCUGAAGAGACUGGAGCAGAAGGGUGCAGAGGCAGAUCAAAUUAUUGAAUAUCUUAAACAGCAAGUUGCUCUUCUGAAGGAGAAAGCAAUUUUACAGGCAACAUUACGAGAAGAGAAAAAACUUCGAGUUGAAAAUGCUAAACUGAAGAAAGAAAUUGAAGAUCUGAAACAGGAGUUAAUUCAGGCAGAAAUUCAGAAUGGAGUGAAGCAAAUACUAUGCCCAUCUUAUACUCCACCACAAGCCAAUUCUGUGACUGCUGAAAAUGUGGUACAGUCUACACCGAUAACUGUAUCUUCUGGUGUCAAAGAACAGAUUAGAAAAGAGGGAGGAGAAGAAAAAAAGAUGAAAGAGAAAACUGAAAAGAAAGGAGAAAAGAAGGAGAAAAAGCAGCUGCCUGCAGCAGGAAGUGCUGACUGUAAGCCAGUAGAUGUUUCCCGGCUGGAUCUUCGAAUUGGAUGCAUCCUGAAUGCCAAAAAGCACCCUGAUGCAGAUUCUUUGUAUGUAGAAGAAAUAGACAUUGGAGAAACAGCCCCAAGAACAGUUGUCAGCGGCCUGGUGAAUCACAUUCCUCUUGAACAGAUGCAAAAUCGGAUGGUGGUUUUGCUUUGCAACCUGAAACCUGCGAAGAUGAGGGGGGUCCUGUCUCAGGCAAUGGUGAUGUGCGCUAGCUCACCGGAGAAGGUCGAACUCCUGGCUCCUCCUGACAGCUCUGUUCCUGGAGACAGAGUUACUUUUGAAUCUUUCCCUGGAGAGCCUGACAAGGAACUGAACCCUAAGAAGAAGAUUUGGGAGCAGAUCCAGCCUGACCUGUACACCAAUGACGAGUGUGUGGCCACGUACAAAGGCGUCCCCUUUGAGGUGAAGGGCAAGGGAGUGUGCAGGGCUCAGACCAUGGCCAAGAGUGGAAUCAAGUAAGAUCAGACGCCACCGUUGCGGGACACGUUGGAGGAAACCCGGGAGCAAUAAAAG